AUGACUGUGGAUAUCGGUGAAUUGCUGAGUGGGUCGAUCGUUCUGGUCUUACUCCUGACCAUAUUGACCUGCGUCUUCAUCUGGCAGUUCCUCAGCAGCUCUCUGCACAGAUGGACCCAGAUGAAGCCAAUACCAGGGAUAAGUCCAAGCUACCCGUUACUGGGCAAUGCUCUGUCAUUGAAAGCUAAUGCGAGAGGUAAGGUGUAUAUAUAUUUUUUAAUGAGAAUAUUGAGUAUUUUGAAGAAGGGGUGCUUUUAUCAAUUUAGCAUUGGGGAACUUCUAACCAUGAAGACUUCAAUUAUGCCAUCCAUAAUAUUGAUUAAAAAGAUAUGUGAAUACAAUAUCCAAUUUGAAAUCAAUUGAUUAAAAAGAUAUGUGAAUACAAUAUCCAAUUUGAACGGUGAAUCACGUUAAUCUGUUUGUCCCAAAUGUCCUAGAAAUGAGGCUGUUCUCAUUAACACAAUAUAUUGUUUGCAUUGUUGCUGCAUGGAGAUUCGUAGCACGACACCUUCUUCAGACCUUGUGUGACUGUUCAAUAUUUUGGAGGGCCCCCACUUCAAAGAGGUAAUCUGCAGUUCAUACAAAAACAAAGCGGUCAAUAUGCCACUGUUUUGGUAAAAAGCUGAUGGGGCUGGAGAAAUGUAACCACUCUCAACUUUAUAGACAGAGCUAUGAAUUCAAGGACUGAUCAUCCAUGAUAUCAAAAUUAUAGUUUAAACCAUGUUUUAGUUUAACUGGCUGUGAAUAGAACGUUGCUGUGUUAUGAUAGGGAAUUAUCGUCUGAGUAUUUGUGUGUGUGCAUGAAACGAAUGUGUGUGUGUCUAUACCUGUCUGUGUGCAUGUUAACUUUUUCAUUUUACAUUUUAGUCCUUUAGCAGACGCUCCUAUCUAGAGUUACUUACAAUAUUGAGUGCAUAUAUUUUCAGACUUUUUUGUCCUGUGUACUACAUUUUUGUGUGCAUGACACAACAAAAUAUGAUCCCUUAUUGAAUAUCCACGUUUACCUCUCACCUCCUCCCUACUGGUUAAUAAUUUAUCAUUAGCAGCUGGAAUAACAGGGAAAAGUGGGGAACAGGUUAGGAUUAAAGUCCACCUGACAUUAGGUGAAGCCAGCAGGUCUCAGACAUUCAGUCGGAGGUUGUUUAAGCCACGUACUACCCAGAGAUGGCGAUAGUUUUGGGGGCUUACACGUUGGGGCUGCUGGGGGUGAGCCUCUUUGUUUCAAUGCUGACCUACGCCACCUACCAUCUACUCAGCAGUUACCUGCAUAAAUGGAGGGAGAUGAAGCCCAUACCAGAGAUUGAAGGCACAUACCCCCUCAUAGGGAACGCACUGCAGUUCAAAGCCAACGGCGGAGGUGAGAGAGGAGAGGUUAUGAGAAAAAAAAGGCGAUGAGAAGGGUCUUUUGAAGAGGGGGUGCUUUUAUCAGUAUUACAUUUGGGUUCUAACCAGCGGUGUGAAUUUGCCUCCCAUUGGAAUGAAUGGACUUCCUCCGGAACAUAUACAGUUUGAUGCAACCGGUGUGCACGAGGCUUUAAGCCUCAUUCACAUUACAUCUGAGCAGUUCAUUGUGUUGCGCCGGAUGUCAUUCAUUUCAAUGGAGACAGUCCACAAUAGAGUGGUAUCACAGUGGCAACAGAGUGGUAUCUCAGUGCCCCGUUGAGGUUGAAGCAUCUGUUGCGAAACGGAUUCCGCACACGUUAAAUUUUUUCAAACUUUGCGUUGUUUUUAGUGCAGCCAGAGUCCGUCAAUAGAACAGGAAAUUACCAAAUCACAGAAGAAGAUAAAAAUAUGUGGUUUUCGGUGAUGGCUUUAUGGGAUAGCUAGCAACUUGUAAACAAUUACUCAUUCCUAUAAGUGAAUACUAUUUUAAUAGUAAUGUUAAAUAAUACACAGUAGCUGUUAAGCCAAAAUUAUAUUACAUGACUGUUGCCACCUGUUUUAAGUUUAUUGUGAUGGUAAUGACGUUUGUUUUUGAUAAUAAUUAUUAAGUGGAGGUCGCUAGCUACAGUAUCAUCAACCUAGCCUUGCUUUUAGCUAGCUAGCUAGCUGCUAUGUACACCCUUCCUCAUCCCCCUUGCUAUUGGUUAAUCAUUCAUCAUAACUAGUAGCCGGAAUUACAGGGAAAAGUGGGGAAUAGGUCAGGAUUAAAGUCCACCUGAUAUUAGAUGAAGCCAGCAGGUCUCAGACAUCCAGUUGGAGGUUGUUAAAGCCACGUACUACCCAGAGAUGGUGGUCGUUUUGGGGGCUUACACGUUGGGGCUGCUGGGGGUGAGCCUCUUCGUUGCAAUGCUGACCUAAGCCACCUACCAGCUACUCAGCAGUUACCUGUAUAAAUGGAGGGAGAUGAAGUCCAUACCGGAGACUGAAGGCACAUACCCCCUCAUAGGGAACGCACUGCAGUUCAAAGUCAACGCUGGAAGAGAGAGAGGAGAGAAGAAGGGAAGAGAGAGGAGAGGACAGUCGUUUAGGGAGGGGAGCUUCGAACAUUCACUCACUCACUCAUUCAUUCAUUGUCAUUCAUUGAUCUUCCAAUCUACCCACAUAUGUAUUCAUCAGAUAGUCAGAAGCUUGAACUAGUGAAUGACUUCAGAGAGUUCUCUUUCUUUGGUUUCAGAUUUCUUCCGUCAAAUCAUUGGCUACACAGAGCAGUUCAGGGACUCCCCACUGUUGAAGAUUUGGAUCGGACCAGUACCCUUCCUCCUUCUGUUCCAUGCAGAAACCAUUGAGGUAGGCUUAUUAAUCAAAGAAUUGACUUGAAUCAACUUGAUGCAUAACACUUGUAUAUUUUGCAAAGUGUUUAAAUAAGGUGAAACAUACAAGUUGGUGUCACACUUGUUUUGAAACCUCAACAUUUCUGCCUACUGAACACUCCGGAGAUGGAAAUCUACUCUUCAUAAAUAAAGUAGUAAUUCCACCAGAUAAUGGUAGCCUGACAAUCAAGAUAUGGUAACUGCUAUCAAAGCCCAUUAUGCUGCUUUGGGUACAAGUGUGCCUAAGCAAACAGACUGUAUUGAAUACUAGAGGAAGAGUCACAUUUUCCAUAAAAACACAAUUUACUAAAGCAAAAAUAAUUAACUUUGCUUUUAAAAAGUUUGGGUUUUACGUUGAUAUAUAUUUGCUGUUAACUGUCUGUUUGUUGAUGAUGCCAUGCCAAUGACCAACGUUCCCUCUGUGAAAAAUAAAUAAACUAUAUUGUGUUCUAUUUUCUAUUCUAUUUGAUUGUCUAUUUGAUUCUAUUUAUUCUGUUUUAUUCUAAAGACAGUUCUGAACAACCCUGUUCAUAUGGACAAAGCCUAUGCUUACAAGUUCCUGCAACCUUGGCUCGGCACUGGUCUACUAACCAGGUGGGUGUCCCAAAACAGAUCACAUUCGAGAAAGAUCAAACGUAUAUGCAUUUGAGACUACAGAAAAUAUGUAUUAUAAAAGAAAGAUAGGAACGGAAUUCUUAGAUAAGCCUUCGAUAAUUGUGGGGGAAAAACUUCAUUUUUUUAUGACAAAGAUCAAUACAUUCUGAGAAACGUCAAUACUUUCCAAUCAACACAUUGCCUCCAUAUUUUCUGAAAUCCAUCUCUCACACACAGUCUCUCUCUGUAUCACUUGUUCUGCAUCUCCCUCUCUCUGCUUCCCCUCCUUUUCUAUCUGAUUCUCUUUCUUUGCCACCCUCCCUCUGUCUCUCUCUUCCUCAAUAUCUCCCCCCUCCCUCUGUUCCCCACCUCCCUCUCCCCAGCACGGGGAACAAGUGGCGGCGGCGGCGGAAGUUGCUCACCCCCACCUUCCACUUCUCCAUCCUGACGGAGUUCCUGGAGGUGAUGAACGAGCAGGCCGAGGUGCUGGUGGAGAAGCUGGACAAGGUGGCAGGCAAGGGCCCCUUCAACUGCUUCAACCACGUCACCCUCUGUGCCCUCGACAUCAUCUGUGGUGGGUCUGGAUGUGGGGUGAUUCUAGCGGGUCCAAAGGCUCAAUGGGUUAAAAAGAUUUCACAUUCUUGUGGCCAUUUCAAGUCAACUAAAAGAUCUAUCAAAAUUGCAACCAAUCUUGCAAUAAAUAUCUCUGUAUAUGAUUUUCCUUUCAGAGACUGCAAUGGGGAAGAAAAUCUACGCUCAGAGUAACUAUGACUCAGAGUAUGUCCAAUGUGUGUACAAGUGAGUGCCUCGUCCUGAAUGCAACUGUCAUGCCCAGUGUUGUUUUGAAGUAGAGGGUAUCGACGGCCGACCAUUGCUCUCUGUCCCUGCAUCUCUCUCUCUCUCUCUCUCUCUCUCUCUCUCUCUGUGUUUCCCCCUCCUUCUCUCCUUCUGUCUGCACUGUUGGUAGUUGGUUGCAAGUAGUAGCCGUCUUGUACCACGCAUGUUGUUAAACUCUGUAAAUGCUACAAAUAAACAGACGUUUGGGGACAAUAUUCAUUGAGAGAAAAUGUAAUGGAGCGGAAUCAACUUGCAUCAAAUUAAUAUAACUUUCUCUCCCUUGCAUCCCUCCUACUGUCCCCAGGAUGAGUGACAUCAUCACACGGCGACAGAGGAUGCCGUGGUUCUGGCCCGACUUUUUCUACAACUACUUUGGCGAGGGCUGGGAGCACAACAGGAGCCUCAAGGUCCUCCACUCGUUCACCUCCAAUGUGAGUCAUCAGUCAAUCAGUCAAUCAAUCAAAAAGGGGCUUUCGACAAUUUAGCUGCACCCAGGGAAAUAAGCUGUCAUCCAUCAGCCCCCAUCCAUCCAGCCAAGGGCCUGUUCAGAACGAUGGCCAUUACAGAAUGUUCAGAUAGAAAUGUAUUGUGUAGAACAUAAAUGAUUGUCUGUACGAUAGAAUAAGAAAUUCCGUCAGCGCUAUUCAUUCUCUUUCUAUCUGCAACGUUCAGAACGCAUGAUGUCAAAUGUUUUCACUGAAUACACCCCAGGUGAUCUACGAGAGGGCGGAGUACAUUGCCUACGUCGAGUCGGACAGCGAAUCGGACCAGGGCAUGAGGAAGAGGCGGGCCUUCCUGGACAUGCUUCUGAAGACCACGGACGAGGAGGGCAACAAGCUCACCCACGAGGACAUCCAGGAGGAAGUGGACACCUUCAUGUUCAGGGUCAGAGGUCAAAACCUCUAUCACUCCAUGUAGAAUGUAUUACAGAUUUAUCAUUGGUGUUAUUUUUAUUGCCCCCGUCUUGCAGGGUCAUGACACUACAGCCGCAGCCAUGAAUUGGGCCAUUCACCUGCUGGGCUCCCAUCCAGAGGUGCAGAGAAAGGUUCAACAAGAGCUGCAGGAGGUGUUCGGUAAUCCCCCCCUCUUUUCUAACCCUUUAUUUUCUCAACCCUUUACUGCCUGGUGUUGCCGUAUGGCAACAUAUCAUUUCUCUUCACCUCUUGCUUCCCUGAAUGAAAAAUUAUAAACACCAUUGCUUUUUACAGAAGGGGGGGGGGGGGGUGUAGACUAGCCAAUUAUGUGCUUAGGUAAAGUCACAUGACAUGCACCCACAUGGGGCUCCCUUUCAUAAAUGCCAUCCACAUUGUUCUCAUAAAGCAAUCAUUUUUACAUUUCCCCUUCAAUGAAAAAUGUAAACUCAAUCUCAUGUUAGUUAAGAGGUGAUAUUAAACAUUACAUCCAAUUUCUCUAGAAUUUGUUCUUGGGAAAUUGAUCAAAUGCAUUUGUUGGCAAACGGCAACACUGUGUGAUAGUUGAACUGCAAUUCAGUUGAGAGGGGCCAGGCAAAAGACAGUGAAAAUAUAAUUUUCAGAUUUUUUGGCGUAAUAUUGACAUAUUUUUAUAAAGAUAACAUAUAUUUGUUAUAUACAGUGGGGGGAAAAAAGUAUUUAGUCAGCCACCAAUUGUGCAAGUUCUCCCACUUAAAAACAUGAGAGAGGCCUGUAAUUUUCAUCAUAGGUACACAUCAACUAUGACAGACAAAAUGAGAAAAAGAAAUCCAGAAAAUCACAUUGUAGGAUUUGUAAUGAAUUUUUUUGCAAAUUAUGGUGGAAAAUAAGUAUUUGGUCACCUACAAACAAGCAAGAUUUCUGGCUCUCACAGACCUGUAACUUCUUCUUUAAGAGGCUCCUCUGUCCUCCACUCGUUACCUGUAUUAAUGGCACCUGUUUGAACUUGUUAUCAGUAUAAAAGACACCUGUCCACAACCUCAAACAGUCACACUCCAAACUCCACUAUGGCCAAGACCAAAGAGCUGUCAAAGGACACCAGAAACAAAAUUGUAGACCUGCACCAGACUGGGAAGACUGAAUCUGCAAUAGGUAAGCAGCUUGGUUUGAAGAAAUCAACUGUGGGAGCAAUUAUUAGGAAAUGGAAGACAUUCAAGCCCACUGAUAAUCUCCCUCGAUCUGGGGCUCCACGCAAGAUCUCACCCCGUGGGGUCAAAAUGAUCACAGGAACGGUGAGCAAAAAUCCCAGAACCACACGGGGGGACCUAGUGAAUGACCUGCAGAGAGCUGGGACCAAAGUAACAAAGCCUACCAUCAGUAACACACUACGCCGCCAGGGACUCAAAUCCUGCAGUGCCAGACGUUUCUCCUGCUUAAGCCAGUACAUGUCCAGGCCCGUCUGAAGUUUGCUAACAUUUCAAGGUCCUGGAGUGGCCUAGCCAGUCUCCAGAUCUCAACCCCAUAGAAAAUCUUUGGAGGGAGUUGAAAGUCUGUGUUGCCCAGCGACAGCCCCAAAACAUCACUGCUCUAGAGGAGAUCUGCAUGGAGGAAUUGGCCAAAAUACCAGCAACAGUGUGUGAAAACUUUUGUUAUUGACCAAAUACUUAUUUUCCACCAUAAUUUGCAAAUAAAUUCAUAAAAAAUCCUACAAUGUGAUUUUCUGGAGAAAAAAAAUCUCAUUUUGUCUGUCAUAGUUGACGUGUACCUAUGAUGAAAAUUACAGGCCUCUCUCAUCUUUUUAAGUGGGAGAACUUGCACAAUUGGUGGCUGACUAAAUACUUUUUCCCCCACUGUAUGAGUGGAUUAAAAAAAUUAUAAUCUUAUUUAUUUAAAAAUAUAUAAUAUGGCCAGAGUAAAUUAUGCUGAUAGUAUGAAGGAAUAAAAACUAUCAAAUUAUAAUUCAAAUACCUCAUUUAUAUAUAUAUAUAUAUAUAUAUAUAUAUAUAAAACACUGUUUUAAAUGUUAUUAAUAGUUGCAUAUUGUUACCGUUGUCUCAUAGUGUUGCCAUACGGCAACAAAUCAAAAAAUAGUUAGUUAAAAAAACGAAUCCAACAUUUUAUUGCAUAGUUGUAUCAUAAUGCAUGCAGUAGAGUCAAACUUAUUCCAUUGAAGGCCUAGUUUCUGCAGGUUUUAGCUUUUUCCUUUCAAAGGAGCUAGAAACACAAGCAUUUCGCUACACCCGCAAUAACAUCUGCUAAAUAUGUGUAUGUGACCAAUAAAAUGUGAUUUGAUUUAGACAACCAGGUAUGGGGAGAUCCUCAUCAAUGAAGUACAAGGGAGGAGUGAAAACCCACAGCCACUCGGCCCUCCAUGGAAUGAGUUUGACACCUGUGUUAAAGUAUUUUAUUGCACUUGAUUUAGACAAUGUAGACUGGUAAGUGGGAGAGACAGUCCGACAGAAGGAGAAGCUGCUGGGAUUGAACCCUGGUCUCGGAAGCGUAUUUAGAGAAGCUGGACACAUUACCGCUAGACCAUGUGCUCUGCAGGAGGUACUUGGUCAUUCUAACCGCUAGACCAUGUGCUCUGCAGGAGGUACUUGGUAAUUCUAACCGCUAGACCAUGUGCUCUGCAGGAGGUGUUUGGUGAUUCUAAUCCCAUAGUCUCCCGUCACUAUCCGUGACAAGUAUCUCUUUGACAGUAGAUGCAGGUUUGGUUUAGUUACUAUGUUUGAUGACAGACGAACAUCACAUCCAUUCCUGUAUCUCCAUUCAUAGCUGUGUCCGAUUGCCCCAUUACCACAGAACAUUCAUAAUAGGGUGUAACAUCCAUUUUUGUCCCCCCCAUUAAUAGGGUGUAACAUCCAUUUUUGUUCCCACGAUCAUAGCUGUGUCCGAUUGCCCCAUCACCACCGAAUAUUCAUAAUACUGUGUAACAUCCCAUUUUUGUCCCCCCAUUCAUAGCUGUGUCCGAUUGCCACAUCACUACAGAACAUUUAUAAUGGGAUGUAACAUGCAUUCUUGUACCCCUGUGCUCAGGUGUGUCCGACCGGCCAGUAAACACAGAGGAUCUGAAGAAGCUGCGCUACCUAGAAUGUGUUAUCAAAGAGUCCCUGCGCCUGUUCCCCUCUGUCCCCUUCUUUGCCCGCAGCAUCGGUGAAGACUGCCACAUCAGUGAGUGACAUUCAUUUUUUAGGGGGUAGAUCAGCUUUAAUAUUGCAGAUAGAUUGUAACUUUCAUCAAUGUUAUUGUCUGCAUCACUUCCAAUCCCCCAUAUCCCCCCCCCCCCCCCCCACAAAUAUAUAUAUAUAUAUAUAUAUAUAUAUAUAUAUAUAUAUAUAUAUACACACAGUGGGGAGAAGAAGUAUUUGAUACACUGCCGAUUUUGCAGGUUUUCCUACUUACAAAGCAUAUAGAGGUCUUUAAUUUUUAUCAUAGGUACACUUCAACUGUGAGUGAUGGAAUCUAAAUCCAGAAAAUCACAUUGUAUGAUUUUUAAGUAAUUAAUUUGCAUUUUAUUGCAUGACAUAAGUAUUUGAUCACCUACAAACCAGUAAGAAUUUCGGCUCUCACAGACCUGUUCGUUUUUCUUUAAGAAGCCCUCCUGUUCUCCACUCAUUACCUGUAUUAACUGCACCUGUUUGAACUUGUUAUCUGUAUAAAAGACACCUGUCCACACACUCAAUCAAACAGACUCCAACCUCUCCACAAUGGCCAAGACCAGAGAGAUGUGUAAGGACAUCAGGGAUGAAAUUGUAGACCUGCACAAGGCUGGGAUAGGCUACAGGACAAUAGGUAAGCAGCUUGGUGAGAAGGCAACAACUGUUGGCGCAAUUAUUAGAAAAUGGAAGAAGUUCAAGAUGACGGUCAAUCACCUUCGGUCUGGGGCUCCAUGCAAGAUGUCACCUCGUGGGGUAUUAUUGAUCAUGAGGAAGGUGAGGGAUCAGCCCAGAACUACACGGCAGGACCUGGUCAAUGACCUGAAGAGAGCUGGGACCACAGUCUCAAAGAAAACCAUUAGUAACACACUACGCAGUCAUGGAUUAAAAUCCUGCAGUGCACGCAAGGUCCCCCUGCUCAAGCCAGCGCAUGUCCAGGCCCGUCUGAAGUUUGGCAAUGACCAUCUGGAUGAUCCAGAGGAGGAAUGGGAGAAGGUCAUGUGGUCUGAUGAGACAAAAAUAGAGCUUUUUGGUCUAAACUCCACUCGCCGUGUUUGGAGGAAUAAGAAGGAUGAGUACAACCCCAAGAACACCAUCCCAACCGUGAAGCAUGGAGGUGGAAACAUCAUUCUUUGGGGAUGCUUUUCUGCAAAGGGGACAGGACGACUGCACCAUAUUGAGGGGAGGAUGGAUGGGGCCAUGUAUCGCGAGAUCUUGGCCAACAACCUCCUUCCCUCAGUAAGAGCAUUGAAGAUGGGUCGUGGCUGGGUCUUCCAGCAUGACAACGACCGAAACACACAGCCAGGGCAACUAAGGAGUGGCUCCGUAAGAAGCAUCUCAAGGUCCUGGAAUGGCCUAGCCAGUCUCCAGACCUGAACCCAAUAGAAAAUCUUUGGAGGGAGCUGAAAGUCUGUAUUGCUCAGCGACAGCCCCAAAACCUGAAGGAUCUGGAGAAGGUCUGUAUGGAGGAGUGGGCCAAAAUCCCUGCUGCAGUGUGUGCAAACCUGGUCAAGACCUACAGGAAACGUAUGAUCUCUGUAAUUGCAAACAAAGGUUUCUGUACCAAAUAUUAAGUUCUGCUUUUCUGAUGUAUCAAAUACUUAUGUCAUGCAAUAAAAUGUAAAUUAAUUACUUAAAAAUCAUUCAAUGUGAUUUUCUGGAUUUUUGUUUUAGAUUCCAUCACUCACAGUUGAAGUGUACCUAUGAUAAAAAUUACCGACCUCUACAUGCUUUGUAAGUAGGAAAAUCUGCAAAAUCGGCAGUGUAUCAAAAUACUUGUUCUCCCCACUGUAUAUAUAUAUAUAUAUAUAUAUAUAUAUAUAUAUACAGUGGGGAGAACAAGUAUUUGAUACACUGCCGAUUUUGCAGAUUAUAUAUAUACUGCUCAAAAAAAUAAAGGGAACACUUAAACAACACAAUGUAACUCGAAGUCAAUCACACUUCUGUGAAAUCAAACUGUCCACUUAGGAAGCAACACUGAUUGACAAUAAAUGUCACAUGCUGUUGUGCAAAUGGAAUAGACAACAGGUGGAAAUUAUAGGCAAUUAGCAAGACACCCCCAAUAAAGGACUGGUUUUGCAGGUGGUGACCACAGACCACUUCUCAGUUCCUAUGCUUCCUGGCUGAUGUUUUGGUCACUUUUGAAUGCUGGCGGUGCUUUCACUCUACUGGUAGCAUGAGACGGAGUCUACAACCCACACAAGUGGCUCAGGUAGUGCAGCUCAUCCAGGAUGGCACAUCAAUGCGAGCUGUGGCAAGAAGGUUUACUGUGUCUGUCAGCGUAGUGUCCAGAGCAUGGAAGCGCUACCAGGAGACAGGCCAGUACAUCAGGAGACGUGGAGGUGGCCGUAGGAGGGCAACAACCCAGCAGCAGGACUGCUACCUCCGCCUUUGUGCAAGGAGGAGCAGGAGGAGCACUGCCAGAGCCCUGCAAAAUGACCUCCAGCAGGCCACAAAUGUGCAUGUGUCUGCUCAAACGGUCAGAAACAGACUCCAUGAGGGUGGUAUGAGGGCCCGACGUCCACAGGUGGGGGUUAUGCUUACAGCCCAACACGUGCAGGACGUUUGGCAUUUGCCAGAGAACACCAAGAUUGGCAAAUUCGCCACUGGCGCCCUGUGCUCUUCACAGAUGAAAGCAGGUUCACACUGAGCACGUGACAGAGUCUGGAGACGCCGUGGAGAACGUUCUGCUGCCUGCAACAUCCUCCAGCAUGACCGGUUUGGCGGUGGGUCAGUCAUGGUGUGGGGUGGCAUUUCUUUGGGGGGCCGCACAGCCCUCCAUGUGCUCGCCAGAGGUAGCCUGACUGCCAUUAGGUACCGAGAUGAGAUCCUCAGACCCCUUGUGAGACCAUAUGCUGGUGCGGUUGGCCCUGGGUUCCUCCUAAUGCAAGACAAUGCUAGACCUCAUGUGGCUGGAGUGUGUCAGCAGUUCCUGCAAGAGGAAGGCAUUGAUGCUAUGGACCGCCCGUUCCCCAGACCUGAAUCCAAUUGAGCACAUCUGGGACAUCAUGUCUCGCUCCAUCCACCAACGCCACAUUGCACCACAGACUGUCCAGGAGUUGGCGGAUGCUUUAGUCCAGGUCUGGGAUGAGAUCCCUCAGGAGACCAUCCACCACCUCAUCAGGAGCAUGCCCAGGCGUUGUAGGGAGGUCAUACAGGCACGUGGAGGCCACACACACUACUGAGCCUCAUUUUGACUUGUUUUAAGGACAUUACAUCAAAGUUGGAUCAGCCUGUAGUGUGGUUUUCCACUUUAAUUUUGAGGGUGACUCCAAAUCCAGACCUCCAUGGGUUGAUACAUUUGAUUUCCAUUGAUAAUUUGUGUGUGAUUUUGUUGUCAGCACAUUCAACUAUGUAAAGAAAAAAGUAUUUAAAAAUAUUAUUUCAUUCAUUCAGAUCUAGGAUGUGUUAUUUUAGUGUUCCCUUUAUGUUUUUGAGCAGUAUAUAUAUAUAUAUAUAUAUAUAUAUAUAUAUAUAUAUAUAUAUAUAUAUAUAUAUAUAUAUAUAUAUAUAUACAUGAAUUACACAUUCUUAACCAUUAAUGUUUAUUUCAGUCUGUCAUUAAUUCUCAAACUGAUUUAAAUUUACAGGAUUAGGUAUACACUACUUUUAAUUAAUACUAAUUGAUGUACAUAUUCACAAUGGGUGGCCUGUGCCAAAAUGGAAGUUGAACCUACAACCAUGCUUUAUCCAGCGCCUUUCCAUUUCAGUCUUGUUUAGUUAUUUUUUGUGGUUAUGUGUUAAUUCUUCACGUGUACAUUUUGUGGACCUAAUAACCUAACUUGUGUUUCACAUUUUUGCACCUGUAGAUGGUUUCAAGGUUCCCAAAGGUGCCAAUGCCAUCAUAUUGACCUACUCCCUCCACCGUGACCCGCGCCACUUCCCCCAGCCUGAAGAGUUUCGCCCUGAACGCUUCAUGCCGGAAAACUGCGUUGGGAGACAUCCUUACGCCUUCAUCCCUUUCUCUGCUGGACUCCGCAACUGCAUCGGUAAGAAUAGGAAACGUUCAAGAUAUUUAACUAAGUAGCACCAACGUUUUAGAAAAUUGGUAAAUCAACAUCAUUCCAUUUGAGAUGAACGACACAAGAUUUGUCACGUUGAUUUGUAGAAUAUCACUCAGGCUAUAUUUUGUCAGCUUGAAACAUAAACUUUUUACUACGGUGGGCCUCUAAACGUGUGUCCAAUGAGGUUGUCAUCCUCACAUACUCUCGCUACUUUAAUAAUGGUUACAGAUUAAGGUUGAAGACAAUAAGGCAUUUGAAAUAGUGAAAACAAAAUGGACGAUUAAAAGUGUGUCCGAUGAAGAUGUCAUCCUCACAUGCUUUUGUUACAUCCCCCCAGGUCAGCGCUUUGCCAUGAUGGAGGAAAAGGUGAUCCUGGCAUCCAUCUUCCGCUACUUCAACGUGGAGGCGUGUCAGAAGCGGGAAGACCUCCGUCCACUAGGGGAGCUCAUUCUUCGCCCCGAGAAGGGCAUCUGGAUCAACCUUGAGAAGAGGAAGCAGCAGCACUAGAUAAUCUAGGGAACUGUUUGAACACACCAUUCCUUCCUCCCUCCUUUGGGAGUAAUCGCUGAUCUAACACUAAUUGAUAGAUAAAAGUAAAUAGUUCUAGCACAUACUGUAGGAUACAUUCUUAAAGUAUUUAAACAGGGAUGAAUAAACAUACAUAGUUUGAUGCCGUUGCAUUGAUUCUAUCCAGCCAUUACAAUGUGCCCAUCCUCCUAUAGCUCCUCCCACCAG